GCCGCAGUGUUUGCUUCCCGAUAAAUGUGACUUAUUUUCCCCCCUGAUUUCUGUAUUGUUUCCAUGAUUUCUUUGUGGGAGUAGUUGGAUGAUUCUUUAAUUUUUCUCACCCCAUUCUUUGAGUCCAUGUAGAGAUUAAUAGGUUGACCAAGAAAUUUGCUGCGUUUGACUCCUAGCGCUGCGGCCUUUACCUCACCUUCUUCUGGGUCUGUUUCACCCUGCGAAAUUUUUGUCCAUGCUCCAAUGAAAUUUCCGUUUCUCUGCCGGAUGAUCGCUGCUGCUGCCAUACGAUCAUGGGAAAUUGCAACAUCUGUGGUGACGCAGAUUCCUUGCUUUGGGAAAAUCCAUCUGAAGGUGCUAGUGGUGAGCUUUGUGUCAUCUGACCGUAGCAUGUCAUCUCACCGUAAACACUCCUCUCCUUCUACCAUUGCUAGGAUGACAAAGGCACUGAAUAUGAAACAUGAGAAGCUGCCAUUCAGUUACCUUGGUGUCACCAUAUGCAAAGAAACCGGCCCAUAUAUAUUGUACCUGCGGCAGCCCAAUCCACCAGUCCAGCAGCUGCCCAGGACGAAGAACACGCACCAGGCAGCUGCGAGGAGCGAGGAAACAGCAGGGAGGGAAACCAAUUUGGGCUCAUCAUCAUCAUCAUCUCCCUGGAAAUUUGGGUCCCAAGCUCAAGGAUGGAUGCUUCUUAUUUUCGGCUCCGUUUCAUUCAUUCUAUUUGCUUUCGCUGCUGGGUUGUCCAAGCUUCUUCCAGCUUCUGGUAAUCCUAUAAUAGCAGCCAUUCAAAAUGACAGAUACUAUUGCUUUCUGGUACCUUUGACACUUCCAGUUCUUGUUGUUGCUGUAUAUUUCCACUGGCUCAGCAUGAAACUCUUCAAGCAUGCUUACGAUGUUUCCUAUGUUUCUGAGAAUUUGCAUUAUGACAAUGGUGGCACCCAAGAACUACGGUAACACCCGUAAACAUGCUCAUCUGGUUCAGGUGAGAAUGCACCUUGGUGAAAGAAAUAAGAAUAAAAUCUAGCCUUUAGA